CACACACACACACACACACACACACACACGGCGCAGUCAGAGCCGUGUCCAACAACGACAGAGAUCGACACUGCCACGAACGGGGCUGCCAAAAGAUCAUUUCAAACUUCCACGUGAGCCGCUCAGAAGGAAGAGACUUUCUAAAGUUACAAAAAAAAAACAGAAAAAAACCCAGAAACGUCAGAAAAACGAGCGAGUUUGUUGGAGAGCGCACCGAGGCGAGCCGCGGGAGCUGAAACGCGGCGACAGAAGAGGAGGAGUAGAGGAACUUCCCUGCGACCACAACAAAAGCGACUCCUGUGAGUUCUCAUCCCGGUGGCUGCUGCUGAGAUAACGAAGCUUUUUUCUUUUUUACUUUUCUUUUUUUUUUCGCGCCGCGCUCUCUGAAACAGAAGAAGACGCGCGUCAAAGUUUGGAGAGCUGAAGUUCCCCAGCUGUUGGUGCGUUACAGCGAACAUCCACUUUAGCGCUCACGUCCGACAUGAAAACAAACUUUAAAGCCCUGAAGCAUCUCAGAGGCUAAAAACGUCGCUUGCUUCGGAGGAGGAGGUGGAGGAGGAGUGUGCACUCUUCUUUUUAUGAAAGAGGGAGAGGGAGAGAGAAAGUGCGAGAAGAGAGCCAAGGUUUGGAGACUGCGAGGAGAAGUUGUGGCAUCAUAAAAGUUGAGUGAUGCGCGUCAGAAACGCUGGAAGAGGAGCGCUGGAGAGCCAGCGCGCUUUGUGAAGCAGACAGGAGAGGAGACCUCCCUGUGAACUGGCUAAAACGGGGGAUCUGGUUUGUUGUGUUGUUGAGGGGGGACGGAAAAAAAGAACGACAAAAAGAAGAGAGACGGAUAAAGUCUGAGAGAGAAGCGGCUAAUUGCUUAGUCCGUCCCUCAUUACCAUAUCCAAUGCGCGUCCGCUGGACGCCAGCCAAUCCUCCCCACCUUCACACGGUGCCAUUAAUCGCGAGGCAUUAUUCACUAUCAUAAUUAUUAUCCCGACAUGCGCAAUUCGACUCACAGCAACAGCAGAAGCAGCAGCAGGAAGAGCGACAGCAGCACUGGCUAAUUUCAGAUUUGAGCCCACGCCACGAUCCCAGACUGUUUGCGAACUUUUUUGAUCCGUCCGCUCUUCGCUGAUGCAGCUGCAAAACGCAGGCGCAUCCCGGAGCGUAAACCCAGCAGCACCACCCGCAUCAGCAGCAGCAUGUCCCGACGAAAGCAAGCCAAGCCGCAGCACCUCAAGUCGGACGAGGAUCCCGCUCUAGCCGGGGUGAUCUCCGAGCACGCCCGAGGUGAUGUGCUGGAUGAUGCUGACAGCGGGAACGAGAGCCGCAGUGGCAGCGAAGAGACUCACGUAUGUGAAAAGUGUUGCGCCGAGUUCUUCAAGUGGUCGGACUUCUGUGAACAUUUAAAGAGCUGUACCAAGAACCCCUUGGUGCUCAUAGUGAAUGACAAUGAGGACACGCCUAACCCCUCCCAGGAGUACCCCUCAGAGCCCUCGCCUGCCCUUAGCUGCCCCAGUGAGCAAGAUGACAGUGAGGAUGCCAGGGAGGGCAACCAGAGUCCUGCUGGUGAGGGGGAUGACAUCCCAGAGACAGAUCCCUUAAAUGGGGUCAAUGUCCUGGAAAAGGAGGACGAACAGAUGGAGCUGGAGCUCUCCCCUGAAAAAAAUAUAGAACCUGAAGAAAGAGACCUAGCAUCCCCUGAGCCAGAUGGCUCCCUACCUCAGCUCAACGAUGUAGUCCCGUCUGCUGUUACAAGCUACACCAUGCCGAGCACCAAUGUUACCUUGGAAACCCUGCAUGGCACCCGGGUUGCAGUUGCCCAGUUUUCACAGAGUGUAAGGGCAGCAGCAGGCAGUGGGGUUUCCACCAUGGCUAUUCCCAUGAUCCUGGACCAGCUUAUGGCCCUCCAGCAGCAGCAGAUUCAUCAGCUCCAGCUAAUAGAACAAAUUCGAAGUCAGGUGGCUCUCAUGAACAGGCAGCCUGCUCCACAAUCUGCUCUCAGCCACCAUCGUAACGCUGCUGCUGCUGCUGGAAACCAGGGGCCUGCAUCUUCCUGUGUCCCUCCUGUUGCAAGUCAGCUUCAUCUGCAUGACUUUAUCACACCCCCUGUCCAUCAGCUGACUGUCAGGUUGCCAGCUACUCUAAAUGGUCAAGGCCCUUCCCCUCUGACCUCAGCAAUAGAAGGGCCUCUUUCUCAAACAUCACAGGGUGGCACUCAGCAGUCUAAUUCCUCAGUCCCAAACACGUCUACAAGUAAUUCUGUCUUUCCCACCUCAAGUGGUGCUGGAUUAUCAUCUCUACAUCCGUCCUGCUCAUCUACUGUCUCGUCUAACGUCAGUAGCACUUGUAGUAGCAUAACUGGAGGUGGCGGCAUCAGUAGCAGCUCAGCUCUUCCCAGGAACUCUACCACCCCUCCCAUGCUAAAUCACAAUAGCAUUCUUAGCUCGGCCUCCAGUCUACCACUGAUACCUCACAGCUCCUCAAGCAGCGUCAUCUUCCCCAACCCACUGGCCAGCAUAGCAGCCACGGCUAACGCGCUUGACCCCCUUUCCGCUCUAAUGAAGCACCGCAAGGGAAAACCCCCCAACGUGUCAGUGUUUGACACUAAGCCCAGCUCUGAAGACCCCUUCUUUAAGCAUAAGUGUCGAUUCUGUGCCAAGGUGUUUGGCAGUGACAGCGCUCUGCAGAUCCACCUGCGUUCCCACACUGGAGAGAGGCCCUACAAAUGCAACAUAUGUGGCAACCGUUUCUCUACCAAGGGGAAUCUGAAAGUCCACUUCCAAAGGCACAAAGAGAAAUACCCACACAUUCAAAUGAACCCUUACCCUGUGCCAGAGUACCUGGACAAUGUGCCCACAAGCUCAGGCAUUCCAUACGGCAUGUCAUUGCCUCCAGAAAAACCUGUUACCACAUGGCUGGACAGUAAACCUGUCCUCCCCACUGUCCCCACCUCAGUUGGACUCCAGCUACCUCCAACGCUCCCGAGCAUGAUUGGAGGUUUUUCUGAGUCCCCAAGUCUAACUCCUCUUAACAGGUCCCCUCAGAGGCCUUCUCCACCCACAAGUGAGUGUGCAUCUUUGUCCCCCAAUAUUGCCUCUGACUCUGGCAUGACCACUACUUCACCUUCCCCAAAACCCAGCUUUGGAAGUGAUGCACCUCCCCUCUUGAAACCUGAAGGCAUUCUCUUCUCCCCAACUUUCUCUACUAGGCCAGGAGAGAACACAACCACAACAACUACAGUAACUCAAGUGCUUCUUUCCUCUACGGUCACCUCCACAACACCAUCAGGCAGUGGUCCAGUCACUGAGCCACUCAAUAGCCCUAAUUCCGUUUCUAGUUCUGUUUCCCAUCCUGUGCUUCCAAUGCUAUCUGACCAGUUUAAGGCCAAGUUUCCCUUUGGAGGCCUCCUGGAUUCAAUGCAAACCUCAGAGACAUCGAAGUUGCAGCAGCUUGUUGAGAACAUUGACAAGAAGAUGACUGACCCCAACCAGUGUGUCAUCUGUCAUCGUGUUCUGAGCUGCCAGAGUGCUCUGAAGAUGCACUACCGUAUCCAUACUGGCGAGAGGCCAUUUAAAUGUAAGAUAUGUGGACGAGCAUUCACCACCAAGGGAAACCUAAAAACACACUUUGGUGUUCACAGGUCCAAACCUCCACUCCGAGUCCAGCACUCCUGCCCUAUUUGUCAGAAGAAGUUCACCAAUGCUGUUGUGCUGCAACAGCACAUCCGCAUGCACAUGGGAGGGCAGAUCCCUAACACCCCUGUCCCUGAAAGUCUGCAAGACAUGGAAACUGACAUCUCCUUUGAUGAGAAGAGCUUAGAUGCAAUGAGCAACUAUGAUGAUGACCUCCUGGAUGAAAUGGAGCAGGCGAUGGAUGAUGAAGUUGACUUAAAAGAUGGGGAGGUGGACCUGUCUAAACCAUACUCCCCUGGAGGCUCACCUCCAACUUCCAUCAUCUCCAGCAUUGCUGCGAUGGAAAACCAGAUGAAGAUGAUUGACUCUACCGCUAACAUAGCCCGCGCUUUUGGUCAGAAGCCUGCACAUAACGGCAGUAGCUUUGUAGGGGAGACGGACUGUUUUACCACAGAUUCCUUGACUGCAGUGGGGGAUGUUGAGAGUCAGAGCUUAGGGAGCCCCGCUUUGUCUGAGUCCUCUGACUCAAUGCAGCAUUUGUCCCCAGCUCAUAGCCAUUCUGAGAGCCAGACAUCCAAGUCCCCAGUUACAAUCAGUAAUAAUAACAACUGCAGUGCCAUGACAGCAGAAGAGGGCCAGGAGAACAAUUCAGCUGGCUUGACAACAGUGAAGUCAGAAAAAUCAGAAACCCCAUCUCCACUUUCUGCAAGUGAAGGGACUGGGGCUCUUGACCUGACUGCCACUCAGCCUGGCAGGCACUUCAUCAAAGAGGAGAGCCACUUCAACAUGCUGUUUCUAAACAGAGAUCGUGGGCUUGGUACUCCUAAUUUAGCCAGCACUGCAUCAAACAUGAUCAAAAUGGAAAUGAAUGGACAUGGCAAAUCUUUGAGCGACAGCUGUCACAUGCCCAUGGGCAUCCAGGUUCCAGCUGCAGCACCACUGACCACAGUGAGCCCCAGCAUUAAUCCUAUGUUGGCCCCCCCACCUCCACGUCGCACCCCUAAGCAACACAACUGCCACUCGUGUGGGAAGAAUUUCUCCUCAGCCAGUGCUCUGCAAAUCCAUGAGCGCACACACACGGGAGAGAAACCCUUCGCCUGCUCUAUUUGUGGAAGGGCGUUCACCACAAAGGGCAAUCUGAAGGUUCAUAUGGGAACCCACAUGUGGAACAACGCUCCAGCCCGUAGGGGUCGGCGCUUGUCGGUGGAGAACCCGAUGGCACUUUUGGGCGGGGAUGCCAUGAAGUUCAGUGAAAUGUUUCAAAAAGACCUGGCAGCUCGGGCCAUGAAUGUCGACCCGGGCUUCUGGAACCAGUAUGCUGCUGCUAUCACCAACGGCCUGGCCAUGAAGAACAAUGAGAUUUCUGUGAUUCAGAAUGGAGGCAUCUCCCCGCUGCCUGUCAGCCUCGGUGGCGCAGGAAUCACAUCACUGGGGUCUCUUCCUGGAGGGAUGGACCGCAGCGUUCAUGCCGGCAGUAGCCCUCCUAUGACGGGGAUGGAAAAAGCUGGACUCGAGGUUGCUGCCAAUCGUCCGUUUUCCAGAUAUAUGGAGGAGAACAAAGAGAUUGGCAUCAAUUAGAAAAACGAAAGAAAAACUUUUGUGAAAUAUUCCAAGGUUUGACAAAAACUAAAGUAUGAUGAGAGAAUUAUUAUGGAAAGAAACUGCUGACCCAGUCUAAACUCAUGCAUACUAAACUGUGUACAGAUUAAAUUUACUUUUUCUUUUUUCCUUUUUUCUGUUGGUUUUGGAAAUAUAGUAUUUAGUAUUGAUUAGAGGCCUUUGCCUUUUCACCUUUCCCUUCUCACUUGAUAUUUCGUCGACGCAAAGAAAACUCUUGUUUGAGAAUAUGUCGUCUUGCAAGAUAAUGCAUGGUACUUAUUUCUUUUUAUCAGUACGUUUGACUGCUUUUAUGAAUUCCUUUGAAAACCAGGAUCCUGCCUAUGUGAUAACGGACAAGUGUCUUAUCUGGACGGGGCUAACAGUUUUGUUUAUAGACAGUCUGACUUUUGUCCAGCAACCCUGUUUGUGGUUGAUCUUUUAAAUAUAAAGGGCCACUGACGGGCUGAAGAAAAGAAUGGAAUGUAGUGUUUUGUGCUCGCCUGAUCAUUUUUUUCCUCAUGAACGAGAAAACUUGAAAAAACAAUGUUUAAACUGUUUUAAUCUUUACAUUUAGUCUCUCAGCAUUGUCUACUAAUGUUGUCCCGUGUCUUUAGUAUUUAUGAUAUUGAUGAAAAAAGCGGGUAUACAAAAAUAUAUUUAACAGCCCAAGCAUUUGAUUGGUUCCUUUUUUUUAUCUAUAAACUGCAGGCUUCCCUCAUGAAAAUCCCAGUCAAUAAAGACGAAAUGUCAUUUUAUUUGAUCAACGGAGAAAAAUUGUAGGUUUUAUUUGGAUAUUUGUUGACAUCAUGUACAGUUUGUCACAUGAUAAAGAGGCAAAAGAUAUCCAAAGCUGCUAUGACCACACCCAGCUUUUAACCUUUGUAAAAAGAAGAAAAAAAGAGACAAAGGUGAAUCUUUUGAAGAAAUAUCUAUGUAUAGAAAUACAGACAAAUCUAAAACAGGUAUGCAUAUUUUGUAUCACAUAAGAUAGAUAUCAUGAGUUGAGAGUAUUUGUCAUGUUUGUGAAUGCACUUUUUAAAAACAAGACGUUUUGUCUGUGAGUUCCCGUUAACCCUUUUGACUGAUCUAUCUAUCACGUGCUGUUUCCAUUGUUUUCAGCGUACCACUCCUCCUCUCGCUGACAGAGACGGGUCUCUGCUGUUGCAUCUGUGCGGCUCGUCCGAGUGGAAACUCAUCACUCAAUCAAAAACCUUCUCAAAUAAAGGGAGAAAACAA